CACAUUCAUCAUUUUGCCAGAUGCAGUGAUGCGUGCUCUAGUCACCUACAUAGCAUUGGUGGGCAUGUUGAACCUAUAUAGCUGGUCGACUGGUUAAAUGUCAACAAAAUAUCUCUUUGCUCAAGAUUUGCUUUUUAUAGGGAAAAGUUUUUGAGAUUAAAGAUUAAGAUUAAAGAUUAAGUUUAAAUAACUAAAAGUUAACAGAGGAACCAUCGUGUUUAUGAUUCGCUGAGCAGAAAAUAGAUGUAGUGAUCUGAUUAAUGAAAUGAGUCAUGCUUCGAAAGGCGGGAAAGCAUCCAAAAUGUCUGCCCAAAGCAAUGUCAAGGAUUCAAGCGUAUGUAUAAAACAAGGCGUUCUUCGUCUCAAGAAAUCCAGCUUUUCAUUGGCGAAAUGGUCAAGCAGGCACGUGGUGCUGACUCCUAGCGCCCUCUACAUGUACAAGAAUGAGCAGACGACUACUCCCCGCUCUGUGCUCUGGCUGAAAGAUUACAUUCAGGCCAUCCCGGCUGGCUCCGACAGCUUCGUUCUGAUGGCGUCGCCAAACGUAAACAGCAAAGAGGUGGUCGAGUAUAAGACUUUCUCCUGCGACAGUGAGGCAGACAUGAGAAACUGGAUUGCCGCGUUGGUCACCCAGAUGUCCAUGGUGCGAAACGAGCUUAGCCUUCCCAUAAUGCCUGAGUGUGAAACAGUUGAACAUACGUAUGAAGACAUUGAUUGUUCCGGUGCUAUUUCUGACCAACAUUCUAAAUCUGUGGUUACGAAAAGUCAGAAAGAGGCAAAGGCACAAAAGGUCAAGGCUGGUCUUGUUCAGUGCGUAGAACAGCUGUCUUUGACCACCCAGGACCUGAGUCAGUCUAUUCUGUACUUAGCAACCUUCAAAAACAAUACACCUGAUGUCAUUCAGUCUGCUUUGAAUAGCCCAAACCAACCAACAGGCUCCAUGCCAGACAGCCAUCUUAGUUCAGAAUCUGAAAAUGAAACACAAGCAACAGGGACAGCUUCAAUUGUAUCUAAGAAAACUCAUGAAACAUCCUCUCUUGCGUCAUCUAAGGAGACAAACUCUCAUGGCUCGUCUGCCGAGUCAGCGCCUUGCCAAAAACGUCAUUUCCACAUCGAUCUCGUGGACGGAAACCCGGGAAGUGAUUACGUCAUCAUGAAAAGCCCGACGGAACAGAUCAACGCGGCGAGAGUAUUUGAAGAUGGGCUUCACAUAAACUACUCGGAAAAUCAAGGAAACUGAAACUAGUUGUCUUAAAUACAACUGCUGAAGUACUUAAGUUAUUUAAAAAGUUGUAACAGUUUAAUAUAUAGAAGUGAAACAAUUGCUUGGUAGCGUUUUGAGUUUCGUCCAAAAGAUCUAAAAGGAAAUGUGUUAGUCAAAUCUGUUUAUCUUAGCGAGUGCCAAGUAUCAUCAAGAUUUCUUGCAGUGGUACUGGAGAAUAAAGCAGGGCCACAUUGUCAAAUUAGGCAGCAGCUUAGGGCCUCCCAUUGGUGGGGGCCUCACACAGGGCUAAAAACAUUACGAAACUUGUAUCAAAUCUUAAAUGUAGCAGAUCACUGGGGCCUUACUUCUACUAAGGAUCUAUGUCUACUUGCCUAGCUCUAAGUCUCUGCUAUAGCAGAUCACUAGGGCCCUACGUGUAUUAGCCUUGCUCUAGAUCUCUGCUAUGAGUAAGGUUUAUUGACCAAUGUUAAAAUCUACUUGUUAGACUACUUAUGUGAGAAGACACUUGUUGUUUUUAUGAAUCGCGUCAUUUUAUUUGUCGAUGUUUACUUUUAGUUUGCUAUUUCAUUUGGGGGGACACCAAAUUUACUUUGCCUAAGGCCUUCAAUUGCCUAACGCCGGCCUUGACUAACCUACCAAUGCAGAAAACAUAUUGGUGCAAAUUUGAAUUGCCUGCUACAGAUUUAAAUCUCUGAAAGUGUUGAUUAGCUAGGCAUCAUAAAUUUCAAAAUGGCGCUUAGGUCAGACUUGUGUAUGUCCAUCCUUUUGUUUUCUUGACAUUGGAGGUCAAGAAAACAUUAAAAUCGUAAAACAAGCAAAAAAACAACAUUUUUUUCCAAAAAAAAAAGCUUAUCAAAAGGAAAGAACCGCCAUUUACUGUCAUUUAUCUCUAGAUGUUUGGUUUUAACUUCCUUUCUACACUAUAAAACAAAAUUAAUGUAUUAUUAUUAAUUGAUAGGCUAAUUGGUUAUUACAAAGUUUAUAUCAACUCUGUCUGGUCAAAAGUUAGAACAUGUUUUUUCUCCCAUUUCCUAUUCUCGGAUCAAGUUUAAACUUUGCACCAUCAUUCAUGGAGCCUGACAAGAAAUGAAUCAAUCAAAAAAAUUAAACAAUUAGUUAAUUAAUUGUUGCUGAUUAAUUAUUUUGAUUAAUUUUGAAAUAAGGGGAAAUAAUGAUAGAUGUAUAUAUAUAUAUAUAUAUAUAUAUAUAUAUAUAUAUAUAUAUAUAUAUAUAUAUAUAUAUAUAUAUAUAUACCUUUCUUGAUACUUCCUACUUUCUGGUAAAUGUGACAAUAUCUCAAUCCUUUAACUAUACCACAUUGAUCUUUCUCAAUCUCUAUUACAUAAUCUUCGUUUUAAGAAACAAUGUGAUGUGUCACGUCAAACUAAGUCCUCCAAAUCUGAGCUUCUGCUGUAAGGUGUUUCCAGGCUGUUAUCUACCUCCAGAUAACUAAUCCAACGUAGGCGUACAUAACAUGUCAAAAUCUACAGGUACUGACAACGUUAAAGCCUUUAAAUAAACUUAACUAUUAUUUACAGACUUUCCAUAUUGUGUAUUAGAUAUUUUCAUCUAAGGCUUAAAAAAAUGAAUAGCUGAAUUUUUUUAUCCGGUGUACAGAGUAAAAGAAGUAUGAUUUUAUUUUUAAGUUAUAUCUUAAUUUGUAUGCACUUUUUAGCACUGCAGAAUCAUGUUUUUAAGCUUUUCAGUUUGUAUCUCACUUUUGUGUGUUUAGUUUGCAACAUUAAAGUCCCUGACAUUGUUUGU